AUGAUCCUUCGCCCUCGAUCGCUCUCUCGGGUACAAUGGCGGUCAUGCCGACGCUUGAUGACGCUCGCUAUCGAGACCUCGUGCGACGACACCUCGGUUGCCAUUGUCGAAAAAGGCGUGCAACAGGGCCAAGCAGUGGCACGCCUGCACUUCCACAAGAAAGUUACAUCAGACAAUUCGGCGUUCCAGGGCAUUCAUCCGCUUGUGUCUCUCCAGGCCCACCAAGAGAAUCUGGCAGAUCUUGUGAAAGAAGCAAUCGACCACCUACCACGAAAUGCCCGUGGUUAUGCCAAUGAACAGGACCCAGCAUCUUCAGUGCCUGUUUCAACAAGGAGGCUCCCUGACUUGAUUUCGGUCACCCGAGGUCCUGGCAUGAGGAGCAAUUUAUGCACUGGCCUCGACACAGCAAAGGGACUCGCAGUAGCAUGGCAGAAACCCCUAAUUGGCGUCCACCAUAUGCAGGCUCAUGCCUUGACCCCGCGCCUAGUCAGUGCCCUUGAAGCCGGCAGCUGUCCCAGCGAUUACACCCCUCCUGGCGAACCUGCCGAGGACGACAUCGUAUCUUGCUCCCCAAAUUACCCAUUCUUGUCAGUCCUUGCAUCGGGCGGCCACACCUUGCUCAUACACUCAGCAUCAUUAGCGGAUCACCAGGUGCUAGGCUCUACCAACGACAUCGCGAUUGGCGAAUAUCUCGACAAGGUCGCGCGCGUCAUCCUCCCGCGAGAGAUACUAGGGACAACCAAGAGCACAAUGUAUGGGUCACUUCUCGAGGAUUUUGCCUUUGGAGAGACAUGGCAAGAAGACGCAAGGGUGCAAGCACAAUUGGCACAGGGAAAGAGCACCCCUCUGCAGUCAUCCACACUCUCUACCCCUGAACGGACGCCGCCUUCAGAUGGAGAUCAUGCUUCUGCUGAAACAUAUUAUGAAAUGAAUAGGCACCGGUACAGAUGGUACAAAGUAGCCACGAAUCACGAGGAUGCCAUGCAGAGAAGUGCUACCAAAUGGGGCUGGGGUUUCGAUCAACCCCUGAGUAGAUCCAGCGGGGGAAAGAAGAUCAACAGUCUUGAGAUGAGCUUCUCCGGUCUGAUGACUGCUGCUGAGCGUGUUGUACGAUACGGAAUAGAUCCAGUCACUAAGAAGCUGAACAAGACGGAGCGAGCAGCAUCCGAUAUAAGUCUUGAGGAGAGAAAAGACCUCGCAAGAGAAGCCAUGCGCGCCGCAUUCGAACACGUCGCCUCUCGAGUAGUUUUGGGCCUACUAUCUCUGCGCGAUAUUUCAACGGCUCAACCUGCCGUUGUCAUGGCUGGUGGUGUCGCGGCCAAUUCGUUCCUUCGACAAAUACUCGCAAGUACUCUAUGUUUCCACGGCUAUCCCGAUGUGCACCUAUAUUUUCCGCCCCCCAAGUUCUGCACAGACAACGCAGCCAUGAUCGCCUGGACUGGACUUGAAAUGUUUGAAGCCGGUCACACCGAUCCACUCAGUAUCCGUGCUAUUCGGAAAUGGCCUCUUGACAGACUACUAGAUCCGCCAAUUGACGGCUAG